GGACCGGGGGCGCGCGGGGUUGGGGGCGCUCCCGCGUCCGGCGUGUACGCUAUGGUCCCCAUCAAGGAGGCCGAGCCUGGGCCAGGGGCCUGGGUGUGGGCCUGAGGGCUGGGGUUGGGGUUCGGGUCCCCGGCCUCAAGUUGCCUCUCCCGCUCUGUUACGAGGGCGUGGGAGGCGUGGCCGUGAGGCGGGGUGGGGCCGCCACCGCGACGUCCUCAUCCGGGUCCCUCGGGACCGUUGCCUUUGCGGCUGCGAUUUCUUUCACAACCCCCGAAGCCCUCGUUUCCUGCUGCGUGGGUCGGGGCGGGGGCAUCGCGCAGCCCAGAACGGCCCCUGUGUCGGGUAGGCCGGAGCCCCUGCUAUCAGCCCCUACAUGUAGGGUGCUCGCCGGCUGUCAGGGCUCGGGGUAUGGCAGGCCCUGCAGGACUCAGCUUCCCCCCUCACCCGACGUGCCGCAUCCCAGCCAGGCCAGGUUGGAGCAGCCACCAUGGGAUGGGGAGGGGGUGGAGGCUGCACCCCGCGCCCACCCAUCCGCCAGCAGCCGCCGGAACGCCGCGUGGUCACCGUCAUCUUCCUUGGCCUCCUGCUGGAUCUCCUGGCCUUCACGCUGCUGCUGCCCCUGCUGCCCGGGCUGUUGGAGAGCCAUGGCCGUGCCCACGAUCCCCUCUAUGGCUCCUGGCAGCGCGGGGUGGACUGGUUUGCCAACGCCAUCGGGAUGCCAGUGGAGAAGAGUUUCUUUCUGCACCCCUCACUGGGGCCACCUCUGACUGCUUGGGGAGGCGCCCCAUGAUGCUGCUGUCCCUGACGGGUGUGGCCACCUCAUAUGCCGUUUGGGCCACCUCUCGGAGCUUUGCGGCCUUCCUGGCCUCCAGGCUGAUUGGGGGCAUCAGCAAGGGGAACGUCAGCCUCUCCACAGCCAUCGUUGCUGACCUGGGCUCGCCUCUGGCCCGAAGUCAAGGCAUGGCAGUCAUCGGGGUGGCCUUCUCUCUGGGCUUCACCCUAGGCCCUAUGCUUGGAGCCUCCCUGCCCGUAGAAAUGGCACCCUGGUUUGCCCUGCUCUUCGCAGCCUCCGACCUGCUGUUCAUCUUCUGCUUCCUGCCGGAGACACUGCCCGUGGAGAAACGGGCACCCUCUAUUGCCCUGGGGUUCCGCGGUGCUGCUGACCUGCUCAGCCCCCUGGCCCUGUUGCGCUUCUCCGCUGUCACUCGUGGCCAUGACCCACCUGCUGGAGACAGGCUCGGCAGCCUGCGCCGCCUGGGCCUCGUCUACUUCCUCUACCUCUUCCUGUUCUCGGGCCUGGAGUAUACACUGAGCUUCCUCACACACCAGCGCUUCCAGUUCAGCAGCCUGCAGCAGGGGAAGAUGUUCUUCCUCAUCGGCCUCACCAUGGCCACCAUCCAGGGUGCCUAUGCCCGGCGGAUCCACCCUGGCGGAGAAGUCGCGGUUGUGAAGCGGGCCCUCCUGCUGCUGGUGCCUGCCUUCCUCCUCAUCGGCUGGGGCCAUUCUCUGCCCAUGCUGGGCUUGGGGCUGCUGCUCUACUCCUUUGCUGCUGCAGUUGUGGUGCCCUGCCUGUCCUCUGUGGUCGCCGGCUAUGGCUCACCAGGGCAGAAGGGCACAGUCAUGGGCACACUGCGCAGCCUAGGUGCUCUGGCUAGGGCUGCGGGGCCCCUGGUGGCUGCCUCAGUGUAUUGGCUGGCCGGGGCCCAGGCCUGCUUCACCGCGUGGUCUGGGCUCUUCCUGCUCCCCUUCCUCCUCCUGCGGAAGCUGAGUUGUCCGGCACAGAUGCUCAAGGCUGAAUAGCUGAGCCAUUGCUCCCAGGCUGCAGGCGCCAGGCAGGGAGUGGAAGCCUGGGCUAGGCCCCUGCCCACUGCCUGACCCACCUCCUUCCUAGUCCAGAGAGAUCCAGUGGGUGGGGGCCGGCCCCCUGGCAGGAGACCUCGGCAGCUCCUCUGGGCUCACUCCUUUAUGAUUCCGAGCGGUAGCACUGCAAGGCUGUCCGGGUUUUUGUUUGUUUUUUUAAACUAUGUACCAGGUUUCUGAUGACAAAAUAAAGCAGCUAUUUUAUACCAAG